CGGGAUUGUGCUCAGCGUGACUAGAGCGGAGCAGACUGGACUUUAGACUACACAGGACAUCCCCAGUCCUAUGCUGUUCCCCGAUUAUGAGAGAGCAAACCUUACCCAGGCUCAAAACACAGACAGGACUCUUACCAGGCAUGCUGAAGCGCACCAAAUACAGUCGUCUGCGCAACGAUUCGCUGACGUCUCCGGAGGAUCGGCCCCAAAGAAUGCUUCCCCUGAAGAGGGAACUCCGCUUAGACUCUGAUUUUGCCCAAGUGGAUCACGGGACACCCUCACACCACGGGCCAUCCACCCUGAGGGACUUCAUCCCCCGUGUGGCCAACAUCCGAUUGCAAAGUCCUAUUUCUCUGCGGGGCCUGAGGGGACAGACAAACACGGCCGGGGACAGAACCAUUGAUGGACACACUGACAGACCCUCGUCCGGAACAGAGUGGGGAUCAGGAGCUAAUGAGCGACUUUGUAGCCAACCCUCCCUUAAUGUGCCCCUAUCCACUGGCCAAAACCUAACUCACUUAGCUCUGCACUGCACAAAAAGACCCAUCACCCUGCAUCGGAUGGCCAGCCUCCCCCGGGCCCCCGGCUGUCCUCCUUGCUCACAGCACAGAGAUGGUCCUAGCUGUUUGAAGGCUUCCUCUGCAGGAGAUGACUGUACAGCAGUGGGGACAGCAAACAGAGUGGUUCACCAUCACAUCAAGUACAUGGGCAGCGUGGAGGUGACCCAGUCCAUGAGAACCCUCGACUUUGAUACGAGAAUGCAUGUCACACGAGAGGCAAUCGGCAGACUGUGUGAGAAGACAUCAGCCAAGACAGUAGUGAAAACUAAAAGGCCUGUUUACAAGGGGCCAUCUGCUGUUCUGGGUCAAAUCAACCUGCAGUUUUCUGGGAGCAAGAUCAUCCUAACUGUCUCCACAGACAGUGUGACUCUGAUCGUUGCCUCCUCCUUACAGAAGAUUGCCCACCACCCCAUGCAGACCAUUUCAUUUGCCUCAGGAGGAGACCCAGAAGUGGCGGAUUACAUCGCUUAUGUUGCUAAGGACCUCACCAAUCAGAGAGCAUGUCACAUCAUGGAGUGCCCCCAGGGUCGGGCCUGUGAGGUCAUCAACAGCAUCGGUCAGGCCUUUGAGACUCGUUUUCGCCAACUUCUCAGCCACACGCCAUCGCUCCUCUCCACCAAUUCCAGGUCAGCGGUGAGAAUCUGCAACAACUGGAGCCCAGAGGGGGCAAUAACAGACCAAAGGGCCAAGCCAGCAGGUGAAGGCCGUCAGCACUGUGACUACUACAAUGUGAUCCCAGGAAAGACACCACCCCCUGGUGGAAUAGAGGACCUACGCGUCACAAGGGAGGAGAGCAAACAGGAUGCUGACGUACAGGGGGUUCGUCUGCCUCGGCCUGUUUCACUGUAUGAGAACUGCUCCAUCACAGAAGAAACUCCAGCUCCACCUGCAGACUCGGUGGGAUCCGAGGUCAGUGCUGAACAGUUUACUCCUCUCUCUGAGUCAGCGAUCCGGGACCUGAUCCAGGAGGAAGGCUGGUUCCACGGCAGGUUAGGAAGAAAGCAGGCAGAGUCCCUUCUCACCCGUAGUGGGGAUUUCCUGGUCAGAGAGAGCAGCUCUGCCUCUGGUCAGUAUGUACUCAGCGGUAUGGAGGGAGCCACCGUGCGGCACCUGCUGCUGGUCGAUCCACACGGAGAGGUGCGGACCCGGGAUCAGGUGUUUCUGAGUGUUGGGCACCUGGUGCGUUUCCACAUGGAGAACCAGAUGCCCAUUAUUUCUGGAAGCAGUGAGCUGCGUCUGAAACAGCCAAUCCUACAAAGACUCUAGUGCACAUCCAUAGGCUGUCACAUCCAUACCUUAGCCUUCGGCAGUGGUUCGCAACGUUUUUGGAGCUGAGGCACAGUGUGCCCAAGCAAAAAAAAUAAAAUAAAUAAUAAUUAAUAAUUUAAUUAUAAAAAAAUAUUUUAAACUUUAAACACUUUUAGCUCCUUGAAAAUUAUAACAUUUGAGACAUCACUUUCCUAUAUAUUUUAUUAUUUGGCUAUUAAUACACGUACAUUGUAUAUGUACAGUGAAUACUUUGAUUUUCCUACCAUUUAAAUGAAUUCUCACUGUUGUGCACACUGUGCAUCUCCCUGUGUUGAGAGCAGCUGCUGGCCUGCAGAGCAUCCUGUGUCUCUCUCUCUCUCUCUCUCUCUCUCAGGCGGAAUUUGUUAAUGUUUACUCAAAGUCUAAGCACAAUCACUGGGGUCGGGAGGAAAUUACCACAAUGUUGGCAGGCCUUCAGAAUCAUUUUUUACAUGCUAAAUUUGUCUUGCCUUCUUUUGUUUUGAUUUGUUAUUGUUUUGUGUUCCCAUUUCCCAUGCUUGACUUUUGCAAAUAGCCUUUUCAUCCUACUUAUUUGUUACAUUCUGAAUAUGGAAUUCAAAUACUCUUUGUAACCAGAACCUGCAGCAACGGAUUUGCAGUUUAGUUAUAGAUAAACUGGAAAAUAUGCAAAUAGCAUUGAUGUUAUUCCUCAUUAAGUGUAAUCAAAUACAUCUUCAGUUCUUUUACAGAAUUUAUUACUAGAUUUUGUAAUUUCUUUCUUGUUAAACCUCCAACCACAAAAACACAACUUCAUUUCUUCUUACACCUGGGGACAAUACAACUCGCUUAAAGACACCUUUUCUUUCUUCGCUACUUGUUUUCUUUCUCUGUAAAUACUGCAAACAACACUACACAUAUAGAAACUUUUGAAACAUGUCACAGUCAUAUGUAGAUAUUGAAUAUCUGGUUUUCAUCUGUACUGAUAAAAUAAAAGUAAUAACACUGAUGAACUUAUAUAUUUCAUACUGCUGGCAAAAUACUUUUUGUGGUAACACAUGGCCAAUGAAGGGAUUAACAUUAUUCUGAAAAUGUUCAAUUUUCCACUUCCAGUAGUGUGCUGUAUGGUUACUUUAUCUCACAGUACAAAACUACAAAAGUACAAAAGUAAAAUACAAAAUAAACUUGCUCUGGGGAGAUUGUGAGUGCAUACCAAUUUGCAUUUGUUUAUCCUC